AAUCACCAAGCCUUACCACCAUGUUCGACAUACAAAAGGAUGACGGACCAAAUCCGAAAACCUACUUCACACACAGCCUGCUGCCAGGAUACAUUGACCCACAGAAUCUCCCGACGAAGAAGAAGCCGUUCUCGACUUUCAAUGCGCAGCGGUUUUCCCAUACGUUGGAUUUAAUACUUCCCGAAGAGCUCUACGAGCUUGUGCAGACUCAAUUGGAUGUCGGAGAUGGGGCGAGUAGGUUGCGGUAUGCGAAGGUAUAUAUGAAGCUGGGGGAGCUGUUGGAGGGCCCUUUUUUUACGGAAUAUAUCAAGAAAGGGAAUAUUAUGAUGCUCUCGGAAGGCCGACCCCUCGUCGACAACGUAUUCUCGCUCUACGAAGGCGUUCUAAGGAUCGAACUCGAUAGGCCGACGUACGAACGUUGCGGUCUGCAAGGUACACCAAUAGAGGAUGGUGGAAAGAAACAUCAGAAAGCCCGGUGGGUGGUCGAGUUCAAUCUCCGCGCUUCCAACAUGGUGCACGGAAAGAAGCUCUUCUCUCGCCUUGAAUGGGCCUGCAAGAACGUUUUGAACCAAAGCCUUACCUGGCUCUUCUACAACUUCAACCCCUCGAGCAAUGAAUCUCUCCCUGAAGGUCGAGAACCGAUCUCGCCGCACCAUCCCUUCGUUUACACAGUCCCUCCAGCAAUAGCCACGCUUCAUAACGUUGUAAUGCCGAAUAUCGUGGUAGCUAGUCUUCCAGAUCUGUACGAACAAGAAGACUCACUUGCGCUACUAGAGUGGCUGCAUUUGGUUACUUUAGGCUCACCCCGAAUCAGAAGCGGAGACCGGAUUGAUUCCUUCCUCAGCCGAUACGAAGUUCCUAAUUUCAAUGGUCUUUCUCCGAGAAACAUGAUUCGUAUGAGGUGGAAGGGUUUCAUACCCCCUCAAUUUGUGCGAGAGCUGUUUCUGCUCAUACGGAAACAUGGGUUAAAGAGCACAAGAGGAGAAGGUAAGGAAGAGAGGGAGAUAGGGAGCCAAGAAGAGUGCCGGUGGUUUGCGCUGACGGCGAAGGCAUUUGGUGGGUAUGGUGGUUGUUACACUAUCAUGCAGUUUGCCGGGCGAGAGACUUUGACAUGGGAGUGCGAUUGAGAUGCG